CUCUCCCGCUGCUUGCCAUUGCUAUCCAAUCCCGCUCUUUGUUUCCUUCGCCACUCUCUCUCUCCCCCUCUCUCUGCCUCGCCCUCCUUCCUCCUCCCCGUCUAACGGCACGGGCAGAGGCGGCUGCUCGCUCGGGUGUCGGCGCCUCAGCCCCGGAGCAGGGCCGGGCGACACGGCCGCAGCGGCAGAUUCCUCGAGCAGUCUGCUUUUGUAGGGUAUCUCAAUUAUUACAGUGGACAAUAAAGGAUUGUGAGAAUGGCAAAUUUGGUCACCAACUGCGGUUUCAGUCCAUCUCCUGCUGUUAAGGCACACUGCAACUCACCAAGUUAUGGCCACAAUUUCAUCCGAUUACAAAAUUCAAAAUCUUCAACUUCAAGUCUGAACCUCAAAUCAUCUUCCAAGAGGUCAAAUAAGUUAUAUGUUACUUGUGCUAGUACUUCUGUACAAGGACAGACACAAACACCUCUUACUGGUAGUCAGCAAGCAUCUGGGCAUUCAUCCUCUAAACCUAAAAAAGUUAUGGUUAUUGGUGGAGAUGGAUACUGUGGCUGGGCAACUGCUCUUCAUCUGUCCAACAAAGGUUACGAGGUUGCUAUUGUUGAUAAUCUUGUUCGACGCCUUUUUGACCAUCAACUUGGCCUUGAUUCGCUUACGCCCAUAGCUUCUAUCCAAAAUCGCAUUCGCCGAUGGAAAUCUCUUACAGGGAAGACGAUUCAGCUCUUCAUUGGUGAUAUAUGUGACUUUGAAUUCCUUUCAGAAGCUUUUAAGUCUUUUGAGCCAGAUUCUGCUGUCCACUUUGGUGAACAAAGAUCAGCACCAUUUUCUAUGAUUGAUCGUUCACGGGCAGUAUACACACAGAACAACAAUGUUAUUGGAACACUUAACGUAUUGUUUGCCAUGAAGGAGUUUAGUGAAGAGUGUCAUUUGGUUAAACUAGGAACUAUGGGUGAAUACGGAACUCCAAAUAUUGACAUUGAAGAGGGAUUCCUCACUAUUACCCACAAUGGAAGAACUGAUACCUUACCUUACCCAAAACAAGCAAGCUCCUUCUAUCAUCUAAGUAAAGUGCAUGACUCUCACAACAUAGCAUUUACUUGCAAGGCUUGGGGUAUAAGGGCCACAGAUCUUAACCAAGGCGUCGUCUAUGGAAUCAGAACAGAUGAAACUGCUAUGCAUGAAGAGCUUUCCAAUAGGUUGGACUAUGACGGAAUCUUUGGAACAGCACUAAAUAGGUUCUGUGUUCAGGCAGCUGUAGGUCACCCGCUUACAGUUUAUGGAAAAGGUGGUCAGACCCGUGGAUACCUGGACAUCAGGGAUACCGUGCAGUGCGUGGAGCUAGCAAUCGCAAACCCAGCCAAACCUGGCGAGUUCAGGGUCUUCAACCAAUUCACCGAGCAGUUCUCCGUGAACGAGCUAGCCAAGCUGGUGACCGCCGCGGGAGCGAAGCUCGGGCUGGACGUGCAGACCAAGUCGGUGCCCAACCCGCGCGUCGAGGCGGAGGAGCACUACUACAACGCCAAGCACUCGAAGCUCUCGGAGCUCGGGCUGGUGCCCCACCUGCUGUCGGACUCGCUCCUCGACUCGCUGCUCAACUUCGCCGUCCAGUACAAGGACAGGGUCGACACAGCGCAGAUCAUGCCCAGCGUGUCGUGGAAGAAGAUGGGGGCCAAGCCGAAGACGAUCUCUGUAUAGAGGGAGGGACGGAGCUCCCCCUCUGUUAUGUGGCGUAUGAUGUCAACCAUGCCAUUGACAUUAUAUCUUGUUGUGUGUAAUGUAGCGGUAAUAAUGCGCGCUAGUUUUGGUGUACACGCUGUAGUUGAGGCGUGGGAGUUGCUGGUUUACGCUGUUAUAGUAGAUUUCAUUUUUGCCCCACGGAUGGGAACUGCAAUUAGAGAGCAUAUGUGUGGUAUGUUGUUAAUUCUGACUAGCAAAUUUAGCUACAGUGGGUGUUACUAGAGGUUUCGGGCUACAUUAUAGCACUGGUUAAUGGUUAUAUUGUUGCCCUAGGUGACAAAGAGUGUAAUAAUCAUGUCGGGUAAUGAAGCUUACACAAUUAUUUCUA